GAGGUCACAGGGGAGGGUUCUACUCACCGCCAGCUCUGCGAGCAGGUCUCCAGGGAACCGCAGUGGCCCUUCCAGCGUGCCCUGGGGUGGCAGUAACACCGAGCAAUGUCUGAGGACCACCCCGCUGACCGGCGCCCUGGCGACUGGUUUGUUCAUGUUGGAGGGGAGCAGGGCGAGCUGGAAUCAACAACAAGCGCUUCACUAAGACAUGUCCUGAACUCGGCAGCUGCCCAGGGCAAGGAGCAUAGAAUGCCGCUGGAAUACAGAGCUCGAGUGCAGGAAGCAGGAAACAACAAUUUCCCGUUCUCUUCUCAUGACAACAGACAUGACAUAUGCAAUGCAGCUGAGUAUUUUGACUUGGGCAUGGGCCUGAGGAAGUUGGAUCCAGAGAAACAGAAACAGAACUCCCAUAACUUCUUCGAGUGGGCUCGUGCACCAGGCCGGAAGAGCAGCGAAGGCUUUGUAACAGUUUAUCAGACCUCUUUUGUGGCAGAUCAGACCCCUGGAAACGAGAGCCGGUGUUGCAGGCGCUACCCCAAGCACCACACCCAAAACCAGUGCAGUGGCCAAAAACAGUGCUGUGACAAAUCUACUCCUGAGGAUGACAAAGCCGUGUAGCCAUAGAGUCCAUCUUUAUCAGCAGAACACCUUUGGAGCACUGACUGACCAAAUCUCAACUAUUCACUACUCAAAACAAUGAAGGAAUAAACAUUUAUGUAAAGUGCA